AUGGUUGUUAUCCUGCUAGGAAACAAAACAUUUGCCUACAACGAAUACAACAUACAGCAAUGGGUAGCAAACAUUCCCUUCGAAUGUAAGACGAUCGUGCUUUUCGAGCGUAGCCCCAAUGCAAAACAGCUUAUGGAAAUUGGACACUAUCUCGCGACGAAGGUUUUGUGGAAUGUGGUACUGAUCGCCACCAACAUUGAUGCGGUAUAUGCCUUUCACUAUGCACCAUUACGAAUUUUAAACUAUACGGGUUAUCCGGAUUCUGAUGUGCUGUUCUUUGAUCGGUUGAAAACGUUACAAACCCGGCAACUCUAUGCAGCGUACAGAAAGGACGCCUAUACUGAAACAGGAUGUGAAAAUAUACCCGGAGAAGAUUUAACACUGUUCCAAACGUUUGCAGACACUCUCAACCUGGACCUGCAUAGCGAAGCAGUUCGAUGUACCAAAAACGAAACGCCGAUCGUGUGUUUCUCAAGGUACACAGACAAGGAUUUUUUAAUCAAUCGACUCUUUUUCGAUUACUACAUUAAAUUCACUGUUGCCUGUAUGCAGAUGGAACAAAUUACUAUAGCAACUCCCAAAGGGCGCCUACUAACGAUAUGGGAGAUUCUGUUGCAGCCUUUACAAAAGCCUGUCUGGUGGUUAAUAAUAGCAAUCUGCAUAGGUUUUAACCUUCUGGAGAUCGUUCGGCCUGCGUGGUUCAGCAACAACCUCGUCAGUCUAGCGCUGUUUGGGUUUGAAAAACGGCAGUUACGGUUCACAGGAUGCACCGAAAAAAUGACAACCACUGCAUUGAUCGUGUUGUUUUUCCUGUUGAAAUGUGCGUAUGAAGCGAAGCUCAUUUCAUACAUCACCGAAACCCCUCGAGAUCCGGGAGCCUUUUCAAUUGAAGCGUUACAUAAUCGCAACAUUACCGUGUAUCAAAAGCAUUUCAAUGCUACGCACUUUAACAAACUGGAGGGGUUGCUAGCGACUUACGAUGGAAAUUCGAUAGCGUUUGAUGGAUUAACUCUUAUGGACAAUAGAAUUGCUUUAAGCAUCGGAAUGAUUGUAAAUGAAAUUGAAGGUAUUCCUUAUAACAUACUGGAAGAAAACGUGUAUGAAAUGUUACCCUUUUAUAUUUUUCAACCAAAACUAUUCGUUCGACAGUCAUUUCUAAAAUAUCAGCACAGGGUGUUUGAGGCUGGAUUGGCUCUGCAUUGGCGACAACAAAUGGUUAGCUGUUAUCGUUCCCGUGUAAACAUAUUAAAAUUGAAAACGCAAGCAAAACAAGCGCGAAACGUAGUACAAGGAACCAAUCUAAAACCGUUGGUAAUGUUUUUCUCCGUGCAAUGGGUAAUCGCGAUAGUAGUUUUUGUAGUUGAGGUGACCGUGUGGGCAUCAUUUAAACACCAACAUUAA